AUGUACUUCGUCAAGCUGGUCAUCGCGGCAGCGGCCCUUUUCGGCGGCAGCUCUGCCCAUCCCGGACAGCACUACGGCUACGGCAAUGGCAACGACAACUCGGCGGCUGAGGCAUCGUAUGUUCGCUCGUACUUCUUUGCCGGCGGCGCGUACGUCGACGAUGGCGCGGGGGGUCACAUCUUCCGCGACCAGAUGUACGUCGAGAAGCUGGUCCCCGCCCGCGGAGCCACCCAGAAGACGCCCAUCGUCUUCAUCCACGGCCAGGGACAGACCGGAACAAACUUCCUCAACAAGCCUGACGGCUCCCGCGGCUGGGCGUCUCGCUUCAUCGAGCAAGGCUACGAGGUCUACAUCGUCGACCAGACGCUGCGCGGUCGUUCCGCCUGGAUGCCCGCGUAUGGCGCCACCAAGCCGUCCACCUACUCUGCCGAGAUCAUUCAGCAGCGCUUCACCGCCGUCAAGGACUACAUGCUGUGGACCCAGGCUAGCAAGCACACCCAGUGGCCCGGCACGGGUGUCAUGGGCGAUAGCUACUUCGACGCCUUCUACAGCUCCAACGUCCAGUUCAUCAACAACGCCACCUACCAGCAGUCCACUGUUCAAGAUGCCGGCGCCGCCCUCCUCGACAAGAUCGGCAAGCCUGUGAUUCUGGUUGGCCACAGCCAGGGCGGCCUCAUGCCAAUCCUCAUUGCUGAUGCCCGUCCCAAGCUCACCAAGGCCCUCAUCCUGCUCGAGCCCACCGGCCCCCCUUUCCGCGAGGCCGUCUUCAGCACCAAGGCCGGCCGAUCGUGGGGUUUGACUGAUAUCCCCAUCACCUACUCUCCUGCUGUGACCGACCCCACCACCGACCUCGUCCAGGCCAGUUACGCUGCCACUGACGAUGAUCACGUUGAGUGCAUGCUCCAGGCCGCGACCCCUACCCCCCGCAAGCUCGUCAACCUGGCCAGCAAGCCUAUCCUCCUGGUCACCUCUGAGGCUUCCUAUCAUGCUCCCUACGACUACUGCACCGUUCGCUUCCUCAAGCAGGCUGGCUGCUCCAAGGCCCAGCACCUCGAGCUUGGUGAGGCCGGCAUCCACGGCAAUGGUCACAUGUUCUUCAUGGAGGACAACAGUGACAUCAUCCAGAGGGUCCUGAAGAAGUGGAUUUCUGCCCAGUAA